CUAGUACAAACAGGAAAAACUGCCUGAACUGCUGAAUUCGUCUCUCCAUCGUCCAACCACAGCCUUCCACUUGCGUGUCACAGAUAAAAGGGGAAAGCGACUGCUGUGUGUGAGUUUUAUAAUUUGUUCUUCGUGAUUUUGUGGACUUGUGCAGGCAGUUUCAGUCAAUCAAAUCUCCGGACAAAGAUUUUAUCUUCAAUCAUCAACCAUGCAGUUUGACAUAAGAAGGUUUGACAUUUACCGCAAGGUGCCUAAGGACCUAACACAACCCACACUCACCGGGGCCAUCAUUUCUAUUGGCUGUUGUUUUUUUAUUGCAUUCCUUUUUGUCUGUGAGCUCAAACAGUACUUCACUGUUGAAGUGGUCAGCAGACUAACAGUAGAUGACCCAGUGAAGCACACUGAGAAGAUACCAGUUUUUAUCAACAUCACCCUGCCCAAACUUCCGUGUCAAUAUGUUGGACUGGAUAUCCAAGAUGACAUGGGACGUCAUGAGGUUGGCUUUAAUGAAAACACUGCAAAAUUCCCGCUGAAUGAAGAAAAAGGGUGUCGAUUUGAGUCAAACUUUUUGAUUAAUAAGGUUCCGGGAAAUUUCCAUGUGUCCACACACUCAGUUCGAGGGGGACAGCCUGAUGUUGUUGAUAUGUCUCAUGUCAUCCACAAGUUGCGGUUUGGCAUGGAGCUUGCCGAAGGAAAGACUGUAGAAGGGUCUUUCAAUCCGAUUGAGGAAUUUGAUAAGUCCAAUGCUCAAGGGGAUGAAACUCAUGACUACAUUUUGAGAGUAGUUCCAACAGUUUAUGAAGACACAAAGAAAAAUAUUCGGUUCCCAUACCAGUACACAUUUAUUCACAGGGAAAUUAUGCAGAUAGGCCAUGGUGGGAGAGGGCUUCCUGCCAUUUGGUUCCGUUAUGAGUUGAGCCCCAUCACAGUUCACUAUGUUGAGAAACAUCAGCCUUUUUACACUUUCCUUGUUAUGAUUUGUGCCAUCAUUGGAGGUACCUUUACAGUUGCAGGGAUCAUCGAUGGCCUUGUUUUCUCAGCCUCUGAACUUAUCAAGAAGGCUGAAAUAGGAAAACUCAGCUGAUCAUCUCUUGGAAAAUCGAUGGCCCAGACAAUAUAAAGGAAAUUAUUUUAAGUCUUAAGAAAAUCUAGUUGAAAUUGUCCAAGAUGGCCACCAAUUGUUGAGCAGAAAAGUGGUUGUCUUCGACAGGUGGACAUCUUGGACAGUGUGAUUUUACUUUUUUUUUAAACGCGAGGGGGGGGGGGGGUGUUGGAAAGAUUAUUUUUACAGGGGCUCGAUGUUGUGUCUUUGGGAGAUGCUCUUCACAUGAAUUUUUCUCACUUCAUCAACUCUUGUCCAAAUAGGUUCUCAAUUUAGCAUUGCCGACUUCAGCUCGUCUGACAAAAUAGCAAGACAAGUUACAAUUUCCUUUCUUUUUUGAAUCUCAAAAGCAGAAAUUCAUGCUUUGGAUGCAAUAAAUGGUAAUUACCAUAAGUGCAAGGAAACGCCUAAAUUUAGUAAGUUGAAAAGUUACCAAAGUUAAGUCAUUCCAGCUUGAGCAGUGACAGAGAGCUGACUCCCAUGACCCUGGCAUGAUAAGGUGCUCAGUGGAAAACCCCCCCUCUGCUAUUAGAAUUCCACUGCUGGUGUGCCGUGUAGAGCGCUGCAGUUCUAGAAAUUUUAUACAAUUGUAGGUGGGUGGAUGAACUUUAGUUGUUACACUCUUGCUUUUAUUUGAAUUAAAAUUUAUGCCUUACCAUUGUUAUCCAAAUUGUUGACUGUGAAAAAUGAUAUCAUGAAAA